CUGCCCUCCCCUUUCCUGCCGCUGAAGCCUCGUUGGGCACCUUGACUCUCGAGAAGCUUAGUUUCUGCGUGCUCGUCAUCGGUAUUUACGCGACCAUGUAUCUUCCCAUCGGGGUGCUUUCCCUGGCAGCUAUGUCGCUGCCGCUAGCGACAGCGCAGCUAAAUUCUUAUGCGAAGAAGGCCGGUCUGAAGUAUUUCGGUGCGGCGACGGAUUCCCCUGGACAGAGAGAGCGUGCCGGCCUAGAGACUGCAUACCCGGAGUACGACGCCAUCCUGAGAGAUACGAAUGAAUUUGGCCAGACCACGCCGACCAACGGUCAGAAGUGGCUGUUUAUCGAACCGGAGCGGGGCGUUUUCAACUUUACAGAGGGUGACAUCGUGUCCUCUAUAGCCGCCGAGGGCGAUCAGUUGCUACGGUGCCACACCCUGGUCUGGCAUAACCAACUGGCGUCGUGGGUUGAAGAGACGGAAUGGACGCCGGAGGAACUGCGCUCGGUGAUUACCGAGCACAUCACGAGCGUCGUGGGGCACUACAAGGGCCGGUGCUACGCUUGGGACGUGGUUAAUGAGGCGCUCAACGAAGACGGCACGUACCGCGAAUCCGUCUUCUACAAGGUCCUCGGCGACGAGUUCAUCAAGCUAGCGUUCAGGCUAGCAUCCGAGAUCGACGACAGCGCUAAGCUGUACUAUAACGACUACAACGUGGAGUCGCCGGGCCCCAAGAGCGAGGGAGUCGUCCGAAUCGUCAAGCUGCUCCAGGAGGAAGGUAUACGGAUCGACGGAGUCGGUCUGCAGGCACACUUUGUCGCGAGCAGGGGGCCCACACUCGAUCAGCAGAUCGCCGUCAUGGAGUCGUACGCCGCGCUCGGUGUUGAGGUGGCACUGACGGAACUCGACGUGAGGGUCCAGCUGCCGGCGAACGAGACUAGUUUGGGAUGGCAAGCCGAGGUUUAUAAGAAUUCGGUCGGAGCGUGUGUGCAGGUUCCGGCGUGUGUGGGUGUGACGCUCUGGGACUUCUACGACCCCUUCAGCUGGGUUCCGUACGUCUUCGAGGGCCAGGGCGCCGCGCUGCUGUGGUUUGACGACUUUAGCAAGCAUCCGGCGUACGAUGCGGUUAUCGAGGCACUGAAGAACGGGACGGAGACACCACCUUCCAACCAGAGCACCAUCAGCUGGGAGAGGGCCCGAUUGGCGUGACGAGGACGGUGCUGGUGUAGGUGUGUUUUUUUUUUGGCCGGUAGCCAGGCGGUGGUACCUAGGUCGGUCUGGCGAUUUCCGGUUCUGUAUAGGUAUACCCAAUGCUUCUAGUCGG